AGUCAGUGGUGAGUUCCUCUUUUUUUACUGGACUACCAAGCAGAGACUGCGCAGACUUGCAAUCAGUGCGAGCGAAGGGAAUCAAGGGGUGAGUGCAAUCCAAGUAAUUCAGGAAGAAUGCACUACUUGGCACUCGGAGUUUUAGUGCUGAACAAUCUCCUGCUUAAUAUCAUCACUGCUCCGUUGGAAGACCUGGAAAAUGGAGGCCAACACUGGGUUGUACUUGUUGCAGGAUCUAGUGGCUGGUACAACUACAGGCAUCAGGCUGAUAUAUGCCACGCAUACCAGAUUGUGCACCAACAUGGAAUACCUGAUGAGCGGAUUAUUGUCAUGAUGUACGAUGACUUGGCCCUGAAUGAGGAGAAUCCUACGCAGGGUAUUGUUAUUAAUCACCCCAAUGGAAAAGAUGUGUACAGAGGAGUAGUCAAGGAUUAUGUGGCAGAGAAUGUGACCCCAGAAAUCUUUUUGGCUGUUCUAAGAGGAGAUGAAGAUGCCGUAAAGGGGAAAGGCUCUGGCAAAGUAUUAAAAAGGUAA